CGUUGUUGACUUGAAUGUAUUCAAGUCAUGAAAUGCACACGCGAAAAGGAAGAAUCCCUGAAUUUUAAUAAAGACAGCCCCUUGCUUUGCGUUAUUUACCCGUCUGUUUCACGGAUUUCGCUGGAAUCUACGCAUAUAUACCAGCAGCAAUUUGCCCACUGGGAAAACGACCCACAAUAAUCUCCAUUGGAUCAUCAUACAGUUCUUUUCCUCUUUUGGUUAUAAUUGUUCUUUCAUAGUUUUCAACACCAUUAAAAAAAAUAAAAAUGGAAGUUUCAGUUUCAGGCAUGAACGUCUUGCCAGAGAGCUGUGUUGCAGUGAUUUUGUCCCUCACGUCUCCUUCAGAUGCUUGUAAAUCAUCGUCGGUUUCGACUGUUUUCGGAUCGGCGGCGGAUUCUGAUUUGGUUUGGGACAAGUUCUUGCCAUCUGAUUACCAUGAAAUUGUGUCCAAGGCUUGUAAUACAACUUUUUUGUUUGCUUCAAAGAAACAGCUUUAUCACCUCCUCUGCAACCCUGUUCUGAUUGCUGAUGGCAAAAUGAGUUUCAAAUUAGAUAGACCAAGUGGAAGAAAAUCAUAUAUUUUAUCAGCAAGGCAGCUUUCUAUAAGGUCGAGCAAUGAUCCAAUGUCUUGGACUUGGAAAUCCAUCCCUGAAUCAAGAUUCUCAGACGUAGCCGAACUCAUAAGUAGCAGCAGGUUGGAAAUCAAUGGCAAUAUCAAAAGCAAAAAGCUAUCUCCAAACACAAAAUACGGAGCUUAUUUGUUGCUUAAAAUCACCGAACGAGCAUACGGGCUUGAUUUAAUACCAUCAGAGACAUCGAUCGAAAUCGGGAACCAAUCAUUCAAGAACACAGCUUACCUGCGAUGCCAAGACGACAAGAAACACCGGUUGGAGAACCUGUUUUAUUCAAACAGGAAACAGAUGAUGAAAUCAAGGGUUGUUAAAGGAGAUGAUAGGGUUAUGAGUAGAAGGGAAGAUGGGUGGAUGGAGAUGGAGCUGGGGGAGUUCUUCAAUGGCGAAAGUGAUGAAGAAGUGAAAAUGAGUUUGAUGGAAAUCAAGGGUCACCAGCUUAAAGGUGGGGUUAUUGUUGAAGGCAUUGAAAUCAGACCCAAAGCUUAAAACAGGGACAAAGAACUUGAUAUUUUGUUCUGCUUCGGCGGAUCCUGGUCUGGUCGAGAAUGGGACAUGAUUUGUGUUUUUUUUCUUUUGGAAGAUAGAGAAGGGUUAAAGUCAGCUUCAAUAAUGAAGACUAUUUUCUCAAGAAAAGUUCAAACAAAUUGAAAUACGUGAUAUAUAUAUAUAGCAGAUUUUUAUUUUUUUA